AUUCCCCCCAACCCCAAACCCCUCGACCACGAAAACCCUAAACCCUCUUCGCCGCCGCCGCCAGCCAUGGCCCUCUUCGCCGCCGCCCGCCGCGCGGUCUCCUCCUCCCUUCCCCUCCUCCGCGCCUCCGCCUCCCGCGGCGCGGCCUCCCGUGGCGCGGCCCUUCUCCGCCCCCUUGCCGCCGCCGCGGCCCGGCCGAUGCCCUUCUCCUCGGCGACCGCGCUGAAGCCGAGCUCCGACGACGAGCUCCUCCGCAUCGUCAAGGCCGAGAUCAAGUUCGCCGAGGACUGCGACGACCACGACCGGGUUGAGGAGAUCCCAGAUAGCUUCCCUUUCAAAAUCACCGACAACAAGGGGCUUAAUGACAUCACUCUUACAAGAACUUACCAGGGUGAGAAGAUCGAGGUUCUGGUUUCCAUGCCCAACCUAGUCACUGGAGACGAGCCGGAGCAUGACCAGGACGAGGAUGACAAGGAGAAAGACGAUGAUCAGGAUGACGGCGAGAAGCCCCCGAAAUCCAGCCUUCCCCUCACAGUCACCAUCACCAAGAGCGACGGUCCAAGUCUCGAAUUCACCUGCACCGCCUAUCCUGACGAGAUCCUCAUCGAUACCUUGUCCGUGAAGCAGCCCUCUGAGAAAUUGGAAGAGGACUACAUUGCAUAUGAGGGUCCUGACUUCAAUGACCUGGACGAGAACCUGCAGAGGGCAUUCCACAAGUACCUGGAGCUGCGCGGGAUCACGCCCAUGACGACAAACUUCCUGCACGAGUACAUGAUCAACAAGGACAGCCGGGAGUACCUGUUUUGGCUCAACAAGCUCAAGGAUUUCGUCAAGCAGUAAUCUAGAGAUUACAAGUUAUGAUCCCUAGCAUAAAGACGAGCCAAUGUGCUUUGCACAUCCUGUUCUGAGGCCUUCGGGCUUCGGAACUCAAAACUGCUCCGUGUUUAGUAUAUGAUGACGAUGUGUAUGCUUACCAUCGUGUUUUGGAUCGCUUUUUUGGCAGUGUGGAAACGACUGGGUGAUGUUAGAGUUGAAACCUGGGCAGGGCUUCAGAUAGAACACUUCGUUAAGUAGCGUGCUAUUUUUUUUGUGAACAAAUAAUUAUGCUCUGUGUGUGUGAAGGUUUCCACACAGUGUUUCA